AUGUGGAGACCCCAGAGCCGUCUGAAGUCAGCAGAAAGCCAGCCCCCCACCCCCAGACCGCCCGCACCCCUCCUCUCCCGUCCUCAGGACGGUAAUUAUAAAGCGAAAAGCAGCGGCGAGGUCACCCGUUUUUACCAGCCUGCUGCACCGAAUGCGCGCGGUGCAGCUGGGAAUUGCUGGCUCCGCCAAGCGAAGAACGGCCGCUGCCAGGUCCUGUACAAGACCGAACUGAGCAAGGAGGAGUGCUGCAGCACCGGCCGCCUGAGCACCUCGUGGACCGAGGAGGAUGUAAAUGACAACACGCUCUUCAAGUGGAUGAUUUUCAACGGGGGCGCCCCCAACUGCAUCCCCUGUAAAGAAACAUGUGAGAAUGUGGACUGUGGACCCGGGAAAAAGUGCCGAAUGAACAAGAAGAACAAACCCCGCUGCGUCUGCGCCCCAGACUGUUCCAACAUCACCUGGAAAGGGCCAGUCUGCGGGCUGGAUGGGAAAACCUACCGCAACGAAUGUGCACUCCUCAAGGCCAGAUGUAAAGAGCAGCCGGAACUGGAAGUCCAGUACCAGGGCAAAUGUAAAAAGACAUGUCGGGAUGUUUUCUGUCCAGGCAGCUCCACGUGCGUGGUGGACCAGACUAACAAUGCUUACUGUGUGACGUGUAACCGGAUUUGCCCAGAGCCCACCUCCUCUGAACAGUAUCUCUGUGGGAAUGAUGGUGUGACCUACUCCAGUGCCUGUCACCUGAGGAAGGCUACCUGCCUACUGGGCAGAUCGAUUGGAUUAGCCUAUGAGGGAAAGUGUAUCAAAGCAAAGUCCUGUGAAGAUAUCCAGUGCACUGGUGGAAAAAAGUGUUUAUGGGAUUUCAAGGUUGGCAGAGGCCGGUGUUCCCUCUGCGAUGAGCUGUGCCCCGAGAGUAAGUCCGAGGAGCCUGUCUGUGCCAGUGACAAUGCCACUUACGCCAGUGAGUGUGCCAUGAAGGAGGCUGCCUGUUCCUCAGGUGUGCUGCUGGAAGUCAAGCACUCCGGAUCUUGCAACUCCAUUUCGGAAGACACCGAGGAGGAAGAGGAAGAUGAAGACCAGGACUACAGCUUUCCUAUAUCUUCCAUUCUAGAGUGGUAA